AUGACGAUUCCAAUGCGUGCAAUUCAUCGUACUGUCGAUGUGAUCGGCGGUGUAAUGGGAGUUGUGCUUUGUUUUGCUGUGGUCGUCUUAACCAUGACUGUUGUCAAAAACAAAACCCUGAAAAUGUACAAGAUUAUGAUCAUAUGUACUGCUGUGGUUGACUUCUUCUAUGCACUGAACAGUCUUAUCACUAUGUCGGUAAGUGGCGUGAAACUUGAUUUUUGGGCUCGUCCUAUGUUAUAUAAUGGCAUUUGUACUGGAAUUUGGUAUUGAGCUCGUGUUGUGAUCAGAACGGCCUUUGUACUAUAAGAACAUACUAUAUAGUACUAAAGACGCUGUUGUACUCAAUUUCUUGCAAUGUCUAUGAAGGAUGUAAUCUUUGCUCUUAAAAUCAAUAUAAAUUCGAAAAAUUCAAUUUCGAAAAUUUUUCAAUUAGCGAGACCUAUAAUUAGAAUAAGCACGUUCGCGUGCUAUUGUAGGCCACCCAAUACGAUUGAAAUGGCAAUGCACUUGUAUUGUCUCGAUAUUUUUGCCGGAAAGUGUAAUAUAAUAUUCAUGUAUAUAAUACUACAAUUAAGUAGUAUAUAAAUGUAUCUACAACAAUAUAAAAUAACUUUUCAUAUAAAAAAAAUUAUAUUAUGCUAUACGUGAAAGCCAAUUAUAAUAAAAGACAAAUACAAUUAAACAGAAUAACAAUUUUUUGUUGACCACAGGUUCAAAAUGGCAUUAUUUUGACAAAAAAAAUAAAAAAAAUAAAAUUUUUAGAGCUUUAUGUGUUCAAAUUUGAACUGCCAUAACUUUUAAGACAAUUUAGGUAUAAAAGUGAAAUUUUUAGAAAAUGUAAAAUAACAUUUGUGUCAACUAACACAAUUCUAAUUUUUUAAAAAUGCUUAAAACUUAAGAUGUUACAGUGGUUUUACCGUACUCUACUUUUACAAAAUUUUAACUUAAAGGCACAAAUUUUCGAAGUGUUGAUAAGAUAAACUUAGUACCUACCCUAUCCUACCCUACUGCAUUUUAUCAUAUGCUUGUCUAACGUCAUUCACUCUACCAUACCUUAUUCUAUUAAAAAAUCGGUCUUACCCUAAAAAACCUACCCUCAGGUAAAAAAUAAAAAUUAAAAACUUUUCUGAAUUUAAAAACAAUUUUGAACUUUCAGACAGCCUCACUAGCCGGAGACCUGGUCUACUUCAUUCUCGACAACCCCUACCUGCCGCAAAGCUCACUGGUAGCCUACUCAGCUGUUGCCACUCAAUUAUUCAUGAUGUUCCUCUGCUUCUGCAUUCUUCCACUUCAAUUCAUCUACCGUUACGGUGUGUUACUUUCUAAACCGUUUACCAUAACUUAA